AUGCUUUUACGCGAUAACUUUUUGCGCCAAAAAGCUAGGUGUAAUUGGAUUCGUCUUGGGGAUUCUAAUUCCAAAUUCUUUCAUUCCGGUAUGAAAGGGAGAUUUAGGAGAAAUAAUAUUGUUUCUUUGGUUACUUCAAGAGGUCGGUUGGAAGGUGUGGAGGAUAUCAAAAGUGAGAUCUUUAAUCAUUUUAAAAGCCGUUUUACGGAACCGAUGGAGGAUAGACCGACUUUGGAUGGGCUUAAUUUUAAUGUUCUUAGUGUGAAAGAUAGAGAUUUGUUGGAAGCUCCAUUCCAAGUGGAUGAAAUUAAAGAGAUUGUGUGGUUAAGUGAUUGUGAUAAGAGUCCGGGUCCGGACGGUUUUCCGCUUGGAUUUUUGAAAAAGUGUUGGAAUUUUGUGAAGGAUGAUGUGGUUAAUUUUGUUCAAGAGUUUUAUGUGCGUGGUGUUCUUCCUCGAUCCGCGACGGCAUCAUUUCUUGCUCUUAUUCCUAAAGUUGAUUGUCCGAUAAGCAUUGAUGAGUUGAGAUUGGUGAUUGGUAAACUUGUGUCGCCUUUUCAAACGACUUUCAUUGAAGGGAGACAAUUAUUUGAUGGGGUGGUGGUGCUUAAUGAGAUAUUAGAUUUUGCGAAAAGGAAGCGUAGGAAAUGUAUUGUGUUGAAGGUUGACUUUGAGAAAGCCUAUGAUUGUGUUUCAUGGGGUUUUCUUAAAUUUAUGCUUAGAAAAAUGGGUUUUGGUGAGUUAUGGAUGAAGUGGUUGGAAGGUACGGUUUUUUCUAGUUCGGUAUCAAUUUUAGUUAAUGGUAGUCCAACUUUGGAAUUUAAAACAUCUAGAGGGUUGCGUCAAGGAGACCCUCUUUCUCCUUUUCUCUUUCUUUUGGUGGGAGAAGGUCUUGCGGGAAUGAUGAGGAAAGCGGUUUCGUUGGGAUUGUUCAAAGGUUUUGCGGUUUCGGAGGAUAUUCAUUUUGAGAUGCUCCAAUUUGCAGAUGAUACGGUUUUAGUGUGUGAUGGAUCUAAGGAAAAAUUAUGGUGUAUUAAAACUUUAUUGAGGGGUUUUGAAUUGGUGUCGGGGUUGUGUAUUAAUUUAAAGAAAAGUAAGUUGUAUGGUGUGCAUGUGGAGGAUUUUAUUUUGGAAUCGGCGUCUUCUUUUUUGGCUUGUAAUUUGGAAAAGAUACCUUUUACUUUUCUCGGUAUUCCUAUUGGAGGUAACCAUAGACGUAGACUUUUUUGGUCUAGGAUGCUUGCAAAGAUGAAGAAGAGAUUGAGUGGUUGGCGAGGGAAACAUCUAUCUCUUGGAGGUAAGGUUACUUUACUCAAUUCAGUGAUAAACAAUCUGCCUAUCUUUUUACUUUCUUUCUUUAAGGCUCCUAAGUGUGUUUUGGAGGAUAUUAUCAAAAUUCAAAGGAAUUUCUUAUGGGGGGAUGGUGGUGGAAGUAGAAAAAUGUGUUGGGUUAGUUGGGAUAAAAUUUGUCUUAGAACGGAGGAAGGAGGUUUAGGUGUUAAGAAUGUGGAGUGGUUUAAUUUGUCUUUGAUGAGUAAAUGGGGUUGGCGUUUUCUUAAUGAUAAGCAUGCGAUAUGGUUUAAGUUACUUCAAUUUAGAUAUGGUAGUGGAUUGCAAUCUCUUUGUGAUGUGGUGUCGAAGUCGGUUUUGUCUAAUUACUCUUUAUGGUGGAGAGAUAUUCAGUUAGUUUGUGGAACUCCUUUUGGUGGUCAUGAUUGGUUUUGUGAUUCAAUUUCUUGUAAAUUGGGAAGAGGCAAUUCUUUUCUUGCUUGGAAGCAUUGUUGGUUGGGAAAUAUUUCUCUUAAACUUCUUUUUCCCCGUUUAUUUGAGGUUUGUUCAUUUCCUAAUGCUCUUGUGAUUAAUUGUGGUUUAUGGGAGAAUGAGGGUUGGAGUUGGAAGGUGGGUGUUGAUUCUACCUUAUUAGUAGGUGAAUUAUUGGAGGAUUGGAAGGAGUUAACAGAGAUCCUAAAGGAUGUAAAACCGUGUAUGAAUGAGGUUGAUAAAUUAAUUUGGUGGAGAGAUGUGGAGGGCUUUUCGGUUAGGAAUGCUUUUAAACGAUUGUACUCAUUGAAUGCGGUUAACCAUAUUGGUAGUGAUUUUAGACGUUGUGAACUUAAAAGAUUAUGGAAAGCUAUUAUUCCGUGUAAAGUCAAGUUGUUUGGGUGGAGAUGGAUCUUGGGAGCCUUACCGACGAGAAAAGAACUUUGGCAUAGAGGCGUGAUUUUAGGUGUGGCGGGUUCUUUUUGUCUCUUAUGUGAGUUAGAAGAGGAAUUUGUUGGUCACCUUUUUCUUAAGUGUUAUAAAGUUAAAACCAUUUGGAAGGAAGUGUUCUCAUGGUUUGGAGUGGAUUUUGAUGAUCUAUUGGGAUUUUCGGAUAUUGAUACUAUUGUUACCGGAGAAGAUGUGCUGUUAUUUUUAUCUAAUUCUUUGGAUGGAAGAGUGAAGUCGUCUUUUUUCGCUUUUAUUUGGUCUUUGGUUUGUUGGAGCAUUUGGAAUGCUAGAAAUAAUUUGGUAUUUAAACAUUCCAUUUGGAAUGUGGUAGAGAUUUUAUUGAUUAUUAAAUCAAUUGGGUGGGAUUGGAUUUCUAUUUUGUCCAAGGGGAGUAUAGAUAUUAAUAGAGAUUUAUGGUUUGCUAAUCCUGCUAGUUUCAUUGGAUUCUUAGAUGGUCAUUAUGAUGUUGAAUUUAUUGAUCUAUAUUUUACUAAAACACUGGAUACUAUCAUUGUCGAAGAUUCUAUUCAGAACAUGAUCAAUGAUGCAUUUGGAGUUGAUAGGAAUCAUGCUAAUGAAAUACCAUCUGCAUCAAAUUUUAAGAUUUACCAAGAAGAUUAUGUGAUGCCAAGUUUAACUCAGGAAAGAAAUGAGGCCAAGGAAUACUAUGAAUUGGCUAGAGAAGGAGAACAACCUUUAUAUGAAGGGUGUAGACUGUUGGUGUAA